AUGGCAUCUAACUGGGUGGUUUAUUUAUUCUCAGGGGUCUUCAAUGCCACAGACAGAGACAUUUUUACAGAUGACUUGCUGCAGGUCAGGCUCACACAAAACAGAACGGCUGAGCAGUGGAAACUCCGCUCUGCUGAUUUCCAUCCAAACCUAUAUUUUAACCAAGCGGAUGUGUUGCACUUGAGGCAAAGGUCCUCCACCACCCACAGUCAUAUAUUUAAAGUCAUCCGGGGGGCUGUGCUUACCAUGUUGUCUUAUGUCCCCUUUUACCUGCCCCCUGUGAAACAUGAAGAGUUUACAAGCAAGUGGAAUGAGAUUUAUGGGAACAACCUGCCUCCCCUGGCGCUCUACUGCCUGUUGUGCCCAGAGGACUCUGCUGCCCUGCAGUUUCUUAUUAAGUUUAUGGAUAGGAUGGCUGACUACCCGGACUGGAAGGUGACUAGUGCCCCGAAUGAUGAGGUGCCCAUGGCACAUUCUCUCACUGGGUUUGCUACUGCUUAUGACUUUAUUUACCCUCACCUGGAUGGUCACAGAAGAGAGGUUUACCUCAAGAAAAUCCGCUCUGAGACAGAAGCACUGUAUGAGCUCUCUAAGUACAGGGGGUGGGGGAAACAAUAUCUCCAGAAUCAUCAAACUACUAACAUAUUAGCCAUCCUGACUGGUGCAAUGGUGGUUGGUUCACAUGAUGACCCAGAGUCGAUGAUAUGGAAACAAGUGGCAGUGAACUACAUGGAGAAAACUAUGUUUCUCCUAAAUCAUAUUGUCGAUGGGUCUCUGGAUGAGGGAGUAGCCUAUGGGAGCUACACAGCCAAGUCCAUCACACAGUAUGUCUUCUUAGCUCAGCGCCAUUUCAACAUUGACAGCAUGCAGAACAACUGGCUACGGGAACACUUCUGGUUUUAUUAUGGCACUCUGUUGCCGGGCUUUCAAAGAACAGUUGGCAUCGCAGACUCAAACUACAACUGGUUUUAUGGGCCGGAGAGUCAGCUUGUGUUCCUUGACACAUUCAUCAUGAAGAAUGGAACGGGUAACUGGCUAGCUCAACAGAUUAGAAAGCACAGACCCAAGGAUGGUCCCAUGGGGCAGUCGUCUGCCCAGCGUUGGGCUACGCUUCACACAGAGUAUAUCUGGUACAACCCCCACCUCACACCGCAACCUCCCCAUGACUUUGGCAAAGCGAGGAUGCAUAUUUUCUCAAACUGGGGUGUGGUUACCUAUGGAGCAGGGCUGCCGAACGGCCAGGGUAAUACUUUUGUCUCCUUUAAGUCCGGCAGGCUGGGUGGCCGUGCAGUCUAUGACAUUGUCCAUGACAAGCCGUACUCGUGGGUGGAUGGAUGGAGCAGCUUUAACCCAGGUCACGAGCACCCAGAUCAGAACUCCUUUACAUUUGCUCCUAAUGGACAAGUUUUUGUGUCUGAAGCACUUUAUGGCCCAAAGUACAGCUAUCUCAACAAUGUUUUGGUGUUCAGCCCCUCUCCUACCAGCCAGUGUAACAGUCCGUGGGAGGGUCAGUUGGGGGAGUGUGCUAAGUGGCUGCGUUGGACUGAUGAAGGGGUGGGCGAUGCCAGAGGGGAGGUGAUUGCUGCUUCCUCACAUACAGACACCAUGUUUGUGAGUGGUGAAGCUGUGUCUGCUUACUCCCCUGCUAUGAGAUUAAAGAGUGUGUUCAGAGCCUUAGUUCUGCUCAACUCACAGACUUUGCUGGUGCUUGACCACGUGGAGAAGCGGGGUGAUUCACCUGUGAAGUCGCUCAGUGCUUUUUUCCAUAAUCUCGACAUUGACUUUAAAUAUGUUCCUUUUAGAUUCAUGGACAGAUAUAAUGGCGCGAUGAUGGAUGUGUGGGAUGCUCAUUAUAAAAUGUUCUGGUUUGACAGCCAGGGUCACAGUCCUGAUACCAGGAUACAAGAGGCAGAGCAGGCAGCUGAGUUUAAAAAGAGGUGGACUCAGUAUGUCAAUGUCACUUUCCCAGUGACAGGCACAGUCAGCAGAGUAGCAUAUGUGUUACAUGGGCCAUAUGUCAAAGUGUCCAACUGUAGAUUCGUGGAUAACAGCAAAAAUGGAGUGAGGCUUUCUUUAAUUAUAAAUGACACAGAGAAGUUGGUGUCUAUAGCCACGAACUAUAAUGACAUAGGAGCGAGGGCGACUUAUUUAGGAUUUGGAGGUCACUGUAAAGUUGAGGAUAAAUUUCAAAUCACUCGAUAUGGCCUCGGGACUCAGCUCACCCCCAAACAAGUCAGCAGUGAUAAUCAGCUGUUUGACUUUGGAUUUAGAGUCAGUGUAAUUGCAGGGGUUGUUCUCUGUGUGGCCAUAGGAUUUCUGACCAUGCAGAGAAAGUUUUAUGUUUGCUUCAACAGGCUGAUGCGUUACACCCUCCUAUCUGUGCUCAUUCUCUGGAUAGCUGAGCUGCUGUUUGUGUCUAACAGCUGCGAUCAGCUACUCUGUGGGGUAAAAUGGAAAGGUGCGGGUGCCAAAAGUGAAAUAAACAAACAAAUCAGAAUUUACGAGCAGCAUCGGCUCCCCCUUCCAACUGUUGUCAUAACAACGCUGCCUGGAUCGGGAUCAGAAAUACUCAAGCACCUUUUCUACAACAGCUCGGACUUUGUUUACAUAAGGGUUCCCACUGAGCAUGUGGACAUUCCUGAGACUGAGUUUGAGUUUGAUUCAUUGGUCGACGCCUGCGAGUGGUCAAGGCUAGACGCCUUGCACGGACGGUUUAAGAUUAUUCAGGGAUGGCUGCAUUCGCUUGUUCAUAACACCAAGUUGCAUUUGCAAAAUAUUCAGCUGGUAGAGAGCAGUGGGAUCAAACAAGCCCAGAGCGUCGGCCCCUCCAGGGAUAGAAAGAAAAGAUCUAGGAGGAGAGAACCGGCGUCUGAGCUGAAAGGCAAACUGAGGGCCAGUCUGGACAGAGAUGCAGAGUACGUCAGGGAGAUGAGACGCCACGUUGCGGAGUAUCCUAAUGCCCGCGUGGUCCUCAACAUGCGGAGUGGGAGCUGGACGCUCAAAUUGGCUUUCAUUCAGGAGGUGGUGGGGCCUUCCUUGAGGACAAUCUACAUGUUAAGAGACCCACGAGCAUGGAUUUAUCUCAUGGUUUAUAACAGCAAACCCAGCCUUUACUCCCUUAAGAACAUCCCGCAGCACCUUUCCUUGAUAUUCAAGGAGGAUGCGUGCCCAAGUGUGGCACCAGAGUUUAAAACAAUCCAGAGGCUGCUAUCCCUUUCAGAGAGAAACCCAGUCCUGAUACUGGCUCAUCUGUGGCUGGCUCACACCACAGCGGUGCUGAGGAUCAGUGAGAACCUCCCCCAGGAGUCUUACCUCCAAGUGAGGUUUGAGGACGUGGUCAACUUUCCACAGGAAACCGCAGAGAGCAUACACACAUUUCUCGGGGUGCCUGUCUCAACUGCAGCCCUCAACCAACUUAUAUUCACCACCUCCACAAGCCUGUACAAUCUAAUGUAUGAGGGAGACAUUUCACCAAACAAUAUUAUCAUGUGGAAACAAAAUAUGCCUCGAAAAGACAUCAGACUAAUAGAGGAUGUAUGUGGCAGUGUGAUGAAGAGGUUGGGUUACACCGGGUUUGCCAGUUAACUUACCGCUGCUGGUCAGCUGAUGUUGAGCUUUCUUGUUUACUUUAGCUGCCAUCGAGUUCUGUAAAGUUGUUCUGUUGCACUGACCUGAAAUUUUGAAACAAGAUGUUACAAGUUGAGAAAAACUGGAUUGCAUUCCUGUCUCUCUCAAGUUUUUUUUUUUCCUUUGGUUAGUUGUAUGUGUUUGGGUGUAAGUGUUGCACUGACUAAAGCAGCAGAUGUUUUUGAGGGAGUAAUAUUUUACAUAAGAAUAGGUGAAAUGGGAGCUUGGGUAUUCUUUUCCCCCAGCUGCCCUUCACACUUACUUGUAGCAUUCUUGUAGUUUCACUCUUGAGUGAAACUUUAGACCUUUACUAUCUUACAAGCAUAUGAUGCCCACCAAAUUUAAAUUUUAUCUUCUUGCUCCAUCCUAAAACACCUCAGUUUGUCUGUGAAGAUAAUUUACUGUGUUUUCAUCGCUGAUCUGUGAUGUCAGAAAGGUAUUUGUGCAAAAUCUGUAAUUGCUGGAAUUAUUUUCAGGAAGAUCAAGAGAUAUGUGCUGGUUUAGAACAGAUGCAUUAUGAAGCUCAUAAAAAAAUAAGACUCAUAUUUAUGGACAGUCUCAGUUUAGGUUGUAGCUUUGGGAGAAUAAUCUGCCCGUCAUAAAUUUUAAUAUCCAAACCCUGAGUGCUGUUUCCCUUUAAAACUGUAAAAAUGCUGCAAUGUAUAGACUCAAAGCAAAGCAGAGAACAAGAAGAUGACAGGGGUACUUUAUUACUAUGAUACAGUCAUAUAAAUAUUAUGGAUAAUAUUUUCAUUAUACUGGUAGAGUGGUUUUAUUUGAAGCUCAAAGAUGUCAUGAUGGUUUGGUGGCUUAUUGUGUGUCUGCACAGAAAGCGUUUCAGUCACAUUUUACAGUCAUCUGCCUCGUGUGUCUGAUGGAACAGAUGUGCUUCUAGUUUAAUCAAUCCAGCUAUCUGCACGGGCCACAUAAUGGCUCACACCGUAUACCUGCAAAGAAGGCUCGACUUGUAUUUUUAUGCUUCAGGUCUCUUUUAUCAAGUGUGUUCUUUGUAACCGCAGCGAUUGUGUGUUGGGCUGGGUGACCUACAGCUCAACACUGCACCUGAACACCUUCUGUGUGGACACAGGUGGAGAACUGUAUGCCUGCUGCUCUGCUAACAUGCUGCUCACACUGCUGUGGUGACAUGGUGUUAGUGCUUUCACAAGGACUCUUCUGAUUAUAUGUGGGAUUCAGUGUAUUUCCUAAAGCUAACUUUUGGCACUCGAUUAGCUUGGAAAACCUCUGAAGAUAUAUGAAACUCUGAUGUCUAGAAGAAAGAAAGUAUUUAUGGGUUCCAAAGAUUUAUAUCCCAAAGGAUCGGGGAUGAAUAUGAUUAUUUUAACUCCCUUUAGCAUUUACUGAAUUAGAUCAGAGGGAAUUGCUUAAUAGGGAUCAAACUGAAAAAGAAAACUGUCAGCCUUUAUACAUUUCUAGUCAAAGCAAUUUCCAAAGCAUCCCCCACAGUUACUUAUAUUAAUCUGCAAAUAAUGCCAUAACUGAGGCUGACCCUGCAUUUUAUGGCUACACUAUCUUCUCUGUAAAGGCCUGGAGGAAGUGCACACUUCAUUUGAUUCCCUGUCAUGGUAAAUCAGAUAUCCAGUGAUCUUUUUUGGCCAUUGUCUUGAAAGUGAUCAGCAAGCAUUGGACUGAACGGGGAUGGGGGGAAAGCAAGAGACCAUGUCUACUCUGUGAUGUUAUGGUCUUUGGCCUGGGCACAAAUGUAUGUUCCUCAAUAACCUCUGAUGCUGUCUUGCUUAAACAUCACUGUAAUGUAAAUGGAUCACAUGUAACGUGCCACAAUUACAGACUCUCCAUUGCAUCUGUAAACAUACUGUUCCCAUUUUGGAAAUCUCUCAGCUAGAAACAGUCCUGCUUGUUUUCUCCUUCUUUAUGAACAAUGAAACCCUUGACUGCCUGGAAAACCUGUUUGAUGUUUGUGGUCUUUGAAUGUGUAGACUUGGCAGACAUGCUUUCACUUUAGUGUUGCAAUCCUGUUACCAACUCUGUUUUGUAUUUGCUCGUGGGGAUAUGGUUCCUUGCUUCUGUGGCCUUGAAUUACAAUAAUUUCUUUAUAAUGGUUUUCUGUGGGCUCUGGAGCAGGAGGCGGACAUAAUGUAAAAAAUAAAUAGAUAAAUAAAUUUGAAACAUUUAUUGGCAACCAGUUUUUGUUGUAGUGAAUUAACUUGAACUAUGAUUUUAGUAUGUACCAUGUGAUUGUGUUGCAUUAUGUAACAUCAGUCCUUAUUGUUAUUACACUCAUGUUAAACCAUUUGUUAUCAGUGCUGGAAGAAGUACUCGGAUCAUUUCCUUAAGUAAAAGUACAAAAGCUUUACCAUCAAAACAUACUUAAAAUUUUCAAAGUUAUGUGGCACAUUUAACGUUAAUUUUUAUCAUAUUAUAAUUAUUGAUGUUUUACUGUGUACGUCACAUUUAAUGUUGCAGCAGGUAAAACUGGAACUACUUUUAACUAGUUUAUGUGGUUGUGAUCUGAAUUACUGCUGGUUGGCAAGUU